AAGUGGUGCUCUGCUGAAGCGGAAGCGCUUGGAGAAGGCCGUUUCCGGUUCCGGCUACGGGAGACAGCGCGUCUUAGCUGCGUGUGAGGCGGCGGGAAAGGAAGAAAGAAAGAAAGAAAGAAGGAAGAAAAGAAGGGAAAAAAGAAAGAAAGUCAUCAUGACGGUGGGGAAGAGCAGCAAGAUGCUGCAGCACAUCGACUACCGCAUGCGGUGCAUCCUGCAGGACGGGCGCGUCUUCAUCGGGACCUUCAAGGCCUUUGACAAACACAUGAACCUCAUCCUCUGCGACUGUGACGAGUUCCGAAAGAUCAAGCCCAAGAACUCCAAGCAGCCGGAGCGGGAGGAGAAGCGUGUCCUGGGCCUGGUGCUGCUGCGAGGGGAGAACCUGGUCUCCAUGACGGUGGAGGGACCGCCCCCCAAAGAUACGGGCAUUGCUCGGGUGCCUCUGGCCGGGGCUGCAGGAGGUCCUGGUGUGGGCAGAGCAGCAGGAAGAGGCGUCCCCGCAGGAGCCCCCAUGCCCCAGGCCCCUGCAGGGCUGGCCGGCCCCGUGCGUGGCGUGGGAGGACCCUCCCAGCAGGUGAUGACUCCGCAGAGCCGAGGGACCGUGGCCGCAGCGGCCGCAGCAGCCACCGCCAGCAUCGCUGGGGCCCCCACUCAGUACGGCCCCGGCCGGGGAGGCCCCCCUCCUCCCAUGGGAAGAGGCACCCCACCUCCAGGAAUGAUGGGCCCCCCUCCCGGCAUGAGGCCCCCCAUGGGCCCUCCGAUGGGCAUGCCUCCAGGCCGGGGCUCACCGAUGGGCAUGCCGCCCCCCGGGAUGAGGCCGCCGCCACCAGGAAUGAGAGGCCCCCCUCCUCCUGGCAUGCGCCCCCCCAGGCCCUGAGGUGGACCCCAAAGGAGCGGAACUUCUGCCGGUUGAGUUUGUGCGUCUUCUUUUGUUCACCCAGGAUGUUUGGGUGGGUAGGGAGAUUGGUUGUUUGUUUGUCUGGUUUCUGUUUUUCACUGUCGCGAUGCCCUUUUUAAUAAAAGCUAGGACAUUUCCUCCCAA